UGAAUUUGUGCCGUUUUCAUCGUGCAUUCCUUCUAUCUUCUAAAUGAGACAGACAAGAAGACAGUUAACGUCUUUCUCAUUGUCCAUAAAUCCAAUCUAAUUAUCCAAUAACAGAAAAAAAGAUCUAACGGUGAAUGCCACCACUAAAUCACUCAUCCAAGGGCUCACAAUAGAUCAAAUUAUCCUAGCCUACAACAGAUAUUCAAAUCCAACACUAAACUCACAACCCUCCUCUAUCUAGAGUUUCAAAUCCAAAUACAGCAUAUGGGUUUUCAAGAUUCAGUCAUAUAACACCCAAUUUUCCACUAAGGGUGUAAACUUUGUAUCUGUAAGUUGCUUUUUUCUAUUCUUUCUUCAUUUAUAUAGUAAAAUAAAUAGUGGGGUUUUGAAAAUUUUGGUUAUCUAGGCUUAUUAGUAGUAAAGUUUGAAUCUUGAAAAUGGGGAAAUCAGGUGGUAGGAAGAAAAAAGGUGGUGUUAGUCAAAAUCAAAAUCAAGGGGUUGUUGGGGAGAGUCAUAAUAACAAUAAACCUGUUGUUGUUAAUGGUACUGUUGAUUUGGACCCAUCCAUUUUCAUAAAAAGAGCUCAUGAGUUGAAAGAAGAGGGAAAUAAAAGGUUUCAGGCUAAGGAUUUUGUAGGUGCUUUACAACAAUAUGAUAAUGCUCUUAAAUUAACACCAAAGGCGCAUCCGGAAAGAGCUGUGUUUCAUAGCAAUAGAGCGGCAUGUUUGAUGCAAAUGAAGCCUGUAGAUUAUGAUUCUGUUAUUUCGGAGUGUACUAUGGCACUUCAGGUUCAGCCCCGUUAUGUUCGGGCUCUUCUACGAAGGGCUCGUGCGUUUGAGGCUGUGGGUAAGUAUGAAAUGGCGAUGCAAGAUGUGCAAAUGUUAUUGGAUGUUGAUGGGAAUCAUCGGGAUGCUUUGGAGAUUGCAGGGCGAUUGAGCAUAAUACUUGGUCCUCGUCAAGACCUUCAGAGCCGUCCAUCGCCAGCUGCACUUGGUGCAUCUGCAGUGGGUGCAGCCUCUAUUGCUGGUCUAGGAGGACCGUGUUUACCUUCUCGAUCAAUGUCUAAGAAGCCAACACCUUCAGCUGGGGCUUCGGUUGUAUCAGUUAAUAAUAAUAAACCAGAUAAGCCCUCUCCUGUUAUGCCAGCUGAAAAUGGUAAAGUUCAGAUGCCAAGGGUUGUUUUGAAGCCUUCAAAUGGUCCUUCUAAACCUAAUCCAGGUCCAAGUAGUUAUGAACGGAAGGAGCAGGCUUCUAUUGAAGUCCGCAGACCUUCUAAAGAUGCUGUAAUUCGUUGGAGGCCAUUGAAGCUUGUUUAUGAUCUUGAUAUAAGGCUUUCCCAAAUGCCUGUAAAUUGCAGUUUUAGAGUCUUGAGGGAUAUUGUUACAAAACGGUUUGCAAUGUCAAAGUCUGUUCUUGUUAAGUAUAAGGAUGGUGAUGGUGAUUUAGUAACUAUUACCUGUACGGCUGAGCUUAGAUUGGCUGAGUCCUGGGUUGAUAGUCUAGUAUCAAAGGACCCUGACGCAGAUGAAGGUGACUCCAUUGGGAUGUUGAGAUUGCAUAUUGUCGAGGUGAGUCCUGAACAAGAACCAGCUUUGUUGGAAGAGGAGGAAGAGAGGCCUGUUGAGAAUGAGGAGAUUAUAGCUGACGAAAGCGGAUCCCACUCUUCACUAAGUGAUUCCGUGGUGGAAACUCUUGACAGUGAGAUUAACAAGACAGAGAAGGGCACUACCAAAGAGAAAACAACAACAGAAGAUCCCGAGUGUAAGGAAGUUGAGAUGGAUGAUUGGUUAUUUGAGUUUGCUCAGUUAUUCAGGACCCACGUUGGCAUUGAUCCAGAUGCUCACAUUGACCUGCAUGAGCUUGGAAUGGAGCUUAGCUCUGAAGCCCUUGAGGAGACUCUGACAAGUGAAGCGGCUCAAGCUCUUUUUGACAAGGCUGCCUUAAAGUUUCAAGAAGUGGCUGCUCUGGCUUUUUUCAACUGGGGAAAUGUUCACAUGUGUGCAGCGAGGAAGCGAAUGCCAAUUGAUGAUUCUGCUUCAAAGGAAGAGACGAUGGCUACUAAGCUUCAAGCAGCAUAUGACUGGGUGAAAGAAAAAUAUUCACUGGCAAAAGAGAAGUAUGAGGAGGCUCUCUCGAUUAAACCAGACUUUUAUGAGGGAUUGCUGGCAUUAGGGCAGCAGCAAUUUGAAAUGGCAAAACUUCAUUGGUCCUUUGUCUUGGCUAAAAAAGAGGACCUGUCAAAUUGGGAUCCGACUGAGACGCUUGCUCUAUUUGAAAGUGCAGAAGAGAAAAUGAAAGCAGCAACUCAGAUGUGGGAAAAGCUGGAGGAGCUGAGGGCUAAUGAACUAAAGGAUCCUAGUGCUAGCAAGAAGGAUGAACUACUAAAGAGAAAAAAGAAACCUGAAGGUGAGGUGUCAGCUGCAGGUGAAAUUUCAGCUGAUGAGGCUGCACAGCAAGCUGCUGCAAUGCGAUCUCAAAUACAUUUAUUUUGGGGUAAUAUGCUUUUUGAGCGGUCUCAAGUUGAAUGUAAAUUGGGUUUGACUGGUUGGAAGGAGAACCUUGAUACUGCAGUUGAACGAUUUAAGCUUGCUGGAGCUUCUGAAACUGACAUCGCAACGGUUCUGAAGAAUCAUUGUUCCAAUGAAGAACAAAUGGUUGAGAACCUCAAGACUGAAAGGAAUGAUAAUCCAAAUGACCAGAAUGAUGCUAGUAAAUCUUAGGCAGUGACCUGACACUAAUUUUGCAAUAUUUAUUUCUUACAAACAUUUAUUGAAUUCAUGAAAUCAGAAAAUUUUGGCCUUCAAA